AUGCUUGGCCAGUAUUUCUUAACAUGGCACCCAGCCGCCCGCGCAUGGCCAAUCUCACAUACUGUUAAGCCUCUAGCCUUCUGCCUUGGUGGUUCCCUUCGCUUCUUCAUGAACACGCAUAGCUUGCUUAAUCGGCAGAAAAAGAGAUGUUCAUUUACCCCGUCCAAGGAGCAGCAAGAGAUUGCAGAACUCUGCGGUACGAAGAAUGUUGUCGUGUCGGCUCGGCCAGGCUCUGGCAAAACGGCUACGGCUGAGGCUAUUGUAGCCGCCCACCCAGAAAAGCGAGUAGCUGUGCUCACCUACUCAAAGAGACUUCAGCUAGAGACCCAUCGACGGCUUCGCACCUACUCUAACUGCAAAGUCUUCACUUUUCACUCCAUGGCCGGCUUACUUUUUGGGACCCUUGUCCCCAGCGACGCUACUUUGGCGCAACAGAAAAAACGAGUCCUUGAUCGCAACGAGCUUCCUCGGUGGGAUUCCGCGCCCUUUGACAUUAUUGUUUUAGACGAGUUUCAGGAUUGUACCAAACUCCUCUUCUGGCUGAUUAACUGCUUCAUCCUUGCCAAUGACCAGAAGGCGGGGGGUCAAUCUGCCCGUCUCGUCGUAUUGGGUGAUGAGCGACAAGCCAUUUACGGAUUCCGUGGUGCCGAUGACCGCUACCUUACUUCGGCUCCUGAUUUACUGGGUAUCGUCAGCCCAUAUCCCUUUAUCAAGGCUCAGUUGAAUCGAAGUUUUCGACUAUCGGAUCAGUCAGUUCAGUUCAUCAACAAAACUUUUCUCAGUGGCGAAUCAUACAUCACCAGCUCCAAGCCUGGGCCUAAGCCUAUUAUCCUGAGAUGCCACCUUCGGAACAGCUAUGCGUUGGCUAAGCAGCUGUCAUCCCUGCUCGAGCGCUACGGGGCUAAGAAUACCGCAAUUAUAGCGCCAGCUGUGGGUAAACGCGAGCUAUUGCAGGAUGUUGUCAACAUCUUGUCAGUGAAAUACAGAGUGCCCAUCAGCGUAUCAAUCAACGACGAGGUUCCUCUAGAUGACAGGGUAAUUAAGGGCAAGCUGUGUGUUGCUACAAUUCACCAGUUCAAAGGCAGCGAGCGUGAUCUGGUCAUCCUCUUCGGCCUCGAUUCCUCUUUUUUUGAGUAUUUUGGCCGCGAUCUUCCCGAUGAUAGAUGCCCCAACGAGGUUUUUGUGGCCUUAACACGUGCCGCAGAACAGCUUGUCUUGGUCCAUGUCGAGGAGAAGAAGCUCAUGCCUUUUGCAUCGGUCGAAGCUCAAUACGAAACAGCCAGCAUUAUCAACCUGACAAGAAAUGGGAACCAAAUUAAGCCGCCCGAUCCUCCAGGCCGACCCUUGAAGCGUGGGCUUACCCUGCCAUGCUCGAUCACAGUCCGAGACAUAGCCCGGCACAUAAAAGAUGAACAUCUCGACGCCAUUGUUCAUAUUCACCUAUGUAUCCAGGUACAAUCGCCUCUACCAGAGGAUCAGCACAUUAAACUCCCAGAUGUCGUGAUUUCGGACCAAGGAAAGAGGUUCUACGAAGCUGUGAGCGAUUUGAAUGGCCUUGUCGUUGUCGCAGCUUUUGAGCAUGGUAUUGCUGGAUCACUGAGUGCGCUUGGACUCGGCCAAGCGUGCAGUCGACUCCGGGGAGAGCUCAGCGGAAUAGUCGCAAACCCCAGAUUCGAGGUUCAAUCUGAGGGGAGUUUCAGCAUUGAUGAUCAGAGAUGCCGACUCGUUGGUCGAGCUGACAUCGUGGCGGCUUCGCCCAAUCCUGACGGGAACAACGUUGGAGGCGUUGAGUCUGUCUGGGAGAUCAAAUUUGUCUCACAACUUUCAAACCAGCAUGUCAUACAGGCAUGCACAUAUGCCUACUUGUUGGAGCUCCCGCGUAUUAUACUCUACAAUGUACGAAAUGGGGAGAAGUGGAAGAUCACACCUCGUGAGGGGCAAGAGGGGUUGCGUUCCAUGAUUGAACGUGUUCUAAAACUCAAGCAUACAACCAAGGGAAAGAUGAGUGAUGAGGAGUUCACCGAGAUGUGUACCGGGGUGAGCUUGGAAGUGCUGAAUCUACGUUCCCAGAUGGUCCACGGCAGUGAAGAGGCGUCUGUUUUGCCCUUAUUAUCAAAAUUUGGCAGCGAGGGCCUUCGGACCGACAAGAAUUCUACAAAGAUGCAAUGA